AUGGCGGCAAGAAGAUACCGUUUUUUAGAAGAAUUACGUGGAAAAUCAUUGAAAGAUACUGAAAAUUCAUGUAAAGGGAAUUUACAGCCAUUGGAAACAAAAAGUUCAGAUUGUAAAGAGGAUACUAAUGAGUGUGCAGUUUACGAAGACAACAUAUUUGAAGGAACAUCAUUAAAAGGAAUAGAUGUAGAUUGCGAAAGGUUCCAUUUAAUCUACGAUUCUGAGAAAAGCCUGAAUAAAGAUGUAAGCACUCAACAAGUCAGCAAUAUAAACCUCGAUGAAGAUCUAAAUCUUUCCGAUGACAGUGUCGCUGAUCCAGACUAUGAAUUACCGAAAAAGUGCAAUGAGUCUUAUACAGAUAGUGAGAUAGAAGAACUAUGUAAUCCAAUAAUAACUUCAGCCCAAGUUCACGUGAAUUUACCAUGUCAAGGCCAAGAUGAAAGUUUAUCUAUUUUUAGCAGUGGUUUUGAGAUUGAUAGAUUUCUUACAAGUAGUCCAGUAAAUAACAAUCCUUCCAAUAAUGAUCUUCGUUCUGUCAUAGAUAGAAUAGCAGUUACUAAUGACGAGACUAUAUGCGAAGUGCUGCCUGAUGUCUCAGAAGAUCAAAUACAUACCAAAAAAAGGAAAGGUAGAUCAAGGAAAAAGAGAGAAGAAUGUAAAAAACUAAGAAAUUCUGGUCAAAGCUACGUUACAGAAAAAGGUAAAGAAAUUGCUGCGAGGCAAAUGCGAGCACUAAGUUCUUGUAGACUGAAAUGUAUUGAGCGGUUUUCUGAAUUAGAAAGAAAGCUGUGCUUUGAUGAAUAUUGGACUCUAGGAAGCAGAGAUCGAAGGGCAGCGUAUAUUGCCAGCCAUAUUACUAUAUUACCAAAGAAAACACAGAAAACCGACAGCAGAACAAUUAAUAGAGAUUGCUACUGCAAAUAUACAUUAACAAUAAAUAAUGAAAGCAAACCAAUUUGUAAAGACUGUUUUUGCAAAACUUUUGGGGAAACAAAAGGUUUCAUUAACAUUGUAAUGGAUAAAAAGAAGCACUCUGCAACCGGAAUCAUUCCAACUGAUACAAGAGGACAUCAGCCAUCUAAAAAUAAAAGGACUGUUGAUGAUUUAAAAUCUGCUAAAGAUCACAUCUUAUCAUUCCCAAACUACGAAAGUCAUUAUUGCAGAAAUAGAACAAAUAAAAAAUAUUUAUCAUCGGACCUUUCUAUAGCUGCUAUGUAUCGUUUAUAUAAAGAAGGUUGCCCAAAUCCUAUUUCACUUAAAUUGUAUUCCCAGUGUUUUCACGAUUUAAACUUAUCAUUCAAAAAACCGGCUAAAGAUACUUGCCACACAUGCGAUCUUUUGAAUACAAAGAUAGCGUUAACAGAAGGAGAGGAAAAGACCAACUUUAUAGUGGAGCUGAGAGAGCAUCAAUCACAAGCCGAAAACGCUUAUGCAGAAAAAAGAAAGGAUAAAGAUGAAGCAAAGCGCAGUUCAAAUUUUCGAGCAUAUGCAUUUGAUCUUCAGCAAUGCUUACCUACGCCAUUCCUGAAAACGUCUGUCUCUUUUUAUAAGAGACAACUAUGGUCUUACAAUUUUACGAUUCAUAACUUAAGAGAUGAUAAAGCUACUUGUUACAUGUGGGACGAAACCAUCGGUGCUCGAGGAGCGAAUCAAAUUGCUUCGUGUUUGUGGCAUUUUUUACAAAAUUUGCCACGUGAAGUUACAGAGGUCACAUUUUAUUCUGACACGUGUGGUGGCCAGAAUAAAAAUAAUGCUGUUGCAAUGAUGUUCAUGUAUUUAUUGCAUGUGCAUCCAACCUUGGAGACAAUCAAUCAUAAGUUUUUGAUUAGCGGACAUAGCCACAUGGAAUGUGACUCGGAUCAUGCCCUAAUUGAAAGGACUAAAAAGAAAACGCAGCUUAAAAUAAACCAUCUUAACGAUUGGAUGCAACUGAUAAGAUCUUGCAAGAUUAAUAACGCAUUUGCCAUUGUAAGCAUGAAACUAGACAAUUUUUUCAAUUUUGCAGAAUUGAGCUCGAAGAAAGGUCCAUUUACUAUUAAAAAAAAGGAUGCUUGUGGUGAAAAAUUUUUAUGGCAACCCGUGAGAUGGCUGCAGUAUAAGAAGCCUAUCGGAGAAAUACGUUUUAAGACAAAUUUUGACAAUGAAAGCCCUUUCAGAGUCAUAAAUUACAGGAAAAGAGGUAAAUACAAUUUAGACACUAUACAUUUAGAUGUUGUUUCAAAAGAGACUUUACCAAUAAGUAAAGAAAAAAAGAAGGAUUUGAUGGAUUUAUUGCCACUUAUAGAUCCUAUUUUUCACGAAUUUUAUAAAAACAUAAAAACUGACCGUGACGUAUCCAACAUCGAUCCUGAUUUAGACUUCGAAGACCCUGAUGCAGAAGUAGAGGGAGACGAAUUCAACUAA